GAAAGAUCUUGGGCAAUUUGUGGAGAAGGAAUUCCUUGGUUUUGACGGACGAUUAUACUGCAAUGGUAAGAUCAACAGUCGUAAAAUCCCCUCUUCUCAAAGUCAGCCUUGCGUAUCUUGCUAUUGAAUUGGGUCUUGGUUCCCCAUUUGCCAAUGGGGAUCGGACUUCCCUCUGGAGAUCCGAGUCUGGUCCUGAGUACUCAGUCAUAUUACACUAAGUAUACUGAAUACGCUUGUGAGUACUCAUGAAUCAUGGGUGUGCCGCACACGACCGAGUCAUCUUGAGUCAUUGACUCAAAUCGCUCUCGAUAUUUAAAGUAGAUUGCAAUUCUGUAAGAGUCUAAUUUAUUCUCUUCCCACUCUAAGAAUGACCCAAUUCACCAAGUCCUUAAACUUAAUCGACCCUUACUUAGCAAGCGAUGGGAAGAAGUACGCUAAAAUACCUCGUCAACCCCAAACUAACCCGGUAAUAACCAAUGCUAAUUAUACCGUUAAUGAUAAAUCAGAUACUAAACUGAUAAUCUCGAAUCUUGAAAAAUACGGAGUGGUGAUUGUCAAAAAUUUUCUUUCAAGUAAUACUUGUGAUCAAAUAAUUGAUGAAGUUGAACCUUUUUUUUUCAGAGAUCAACUGUGGAAUGGAUCUCCUUUCCCUCGUCAAACAACAGUAGUUACUAGAACGGUUUUGAAAUCUCCCACCGUUACUCAAGACGUCGUUUGUAAUCCUCUUUUCCUGUCAAUUGCUUCGAAUUUCCUAGACGAAUCUAAUUAUUUCUGGAUAAAUAAUAAAAUUAGAACCGGUAAAAGUACUAUUCAAUUAAAUUCUGGUAUCACUUACAAAGUUGGCCCGGGUGCUUCUGAUCAAAUGUAUCAUCGUGAAGACAUGGUUCAUCAUAACGUUCAUAAAGACAGAGACCAUUUUGUUUAUGGUGAUGAAUCAAUGGUUGGUUUAACAGUUGCAAUGACUAAAACAACAAAAGAAAACGGUGCCACUAGAGUCAUUCCAUUAAGCCAUUUAUAUGGUCCUUAUCGUCAUCCCGAAGAAAAAAAUUGUAAUUAUAUAGAAUUAGAUAAAGGUGAUGCUGCUUUUAUAUUGGGUUCAACUUAUCAUGCUGCAAGUGCAAAUAACACCGAUAAAGAUCGAAUUUCUUCAUUUUUUUUCAUGACUAAAAGUUACUUGAAACAAGAGGAAAACUAUUUUGUUGAUCAAAAUGCUGAUUUUUUCAAAAAUUAUUCAGUAGAAGCUCUUAGUUUACUAGGAUUAAAUCUCAGUGAACCUUUCUGCGGACACUUGGAUUACGGUAACCCUCUUUCCUCUUUGAAAAGCGAAGAGGAAAUAAACAACAGUAGCUUGAAGUUGAAAAAGGAUAACUACGGUGAAACCAUCUACGUUGAAUAUAACUAAUUUUCGCAGCUUACGGAACUUGAUUCAAACCCCAGCGUUUUUCAAAAUCCGUUUUUUUCGCUUUGUUAAGGCGACGGUGGUGUGUUUUUUGCGUAUUGUGUGCAGGAUUUUGCAAUACUCUUUUUUAGCAGCAAAAUUUUAACAUUCGA